AUGUUGGCGGAAACCCUGGGUCCCACACCGGAGACCACGAAUCAUUUGCAAGGCAGCAAAUAUGCUUUGAAGGCUUAUGAAUUCUGGAAGACCAGAGAAAGCGUUAUUGCUUUGAUAUUGGCGGAAUUGGAUGUUAAACUCCUCAUUUCUGAUGCUGUUCGCGGUUUCCUUCUCGUACUUCGGCGCGUGUUCUCCAAUCCCAUUUGGUUCGGUGUGACAUUUACUUCUAUGUUGGAACAGUCGAUCGUGGCCGCUUUCUUGGCGUUUGCUGCUAAAUACAUACAAGAUUUGUUCCAGGUGCCAGCUUACAUGGCCAGCAUUCAUACAGGUGCUGUUGUUGUCCCCAGCUCAUUACUUGGUGUGCUGUCUGGAGCUUUGAUCAUGCGCCACUAUCGACCGCGAAUCGACCGUACCUUGGCUGGUGUUUCCUUACUCAUUGGUGGAACGGUUGUUACUACAAUCAUUUUGAUGCUUAUCAGCUGCCCCGGAAACCGUGUAGCUGGUUUAACAGCCACAUAUUCCGGAGAGCCCUGGCCUUGGCUUUAUGGCCCCGCCCAACUGAUCAGUCCAAAUUUGACUGCACCAUGUAACGCACGUAUUCCCUCGUCACCAACUUAUUGGAUGUCGCGGGACCUAUAUCUGUCAACUGAUCCCGAUUUGAAACCCCCUUGCUCUUCGUCUAAGUUCAGUCCAGUGUGUUGGCGAAGGGAAAUCAUGGACGAUCCUGACCAUUCCGGUAUUCCCCGAUAUUUGACCUUUUUCAGUCCAUGCCAUGCGGGUUGCCAGUCUCGACGCAUGAUCAACCGUUCACGAUAUGUCACGGUCGAGGAAUUCACUGAUUGCGCAUGUGUCACAAGAUCCCUACUGAAUCCAUCUGGAGAACCGGUUUAUAACUCAUCGAAGCAACAGAUUCCCUUUGGGCAAGUUACUGCUGGUCGUUGCCCCACCGAUUGCCCCCAGUAUGCUGCCUUCUUAGCUGUUCUGUUCAUGCAUAUUCUCCUGACUGGUAUGCUUCAAAACCCCAGUAACGUAAUUACUUUGAGGCGACUAACUCAGAAGCGGUCACAGUCGACCACUAAUGGUUCUACUACCAGUCCGGGUUCACCACAUCAACCAACCCCCCAUCGAACCACCCAUUCUGCGGUAUCUGCGCCAAAGGAAUGUGAUCAAAGUCACUUACAUUCGCAUGUGCAAGAAGAGCAGUGGAACAAUCCACGAACCUUAGUCAAUCCACCUGUCUAG